CCUCUCUCUCUAGCCAUGCCACUCUGUGAGGCUGCAGGUGUUCCCUAUAAUUUCCAGGACUUAAUGAUGAAGAUGUGAGAGACCAUGAGGAAAUGUCCUUUAUAUACCAUCAUGAAGGCUUCUUCUGGAGGUGCUGGUUCUUUGGAGAUGAUCCACAAACUUCAGUCUGGAGAUACUGGUUUAUGAAUCAGCCUCAUCCAAAGCGCUGUAUUCCUGGGUAUCUCUUUCCCAUGCCAAUUGCUGUUGGACCUUUUCCACAUCCUUCCUUUGAUGCAACUACAGUGUACAGAAGCUUCUGGACAAUAUUUAUUGUAUUAAGUGUUGGUUCUGGUCUGGCUGGGGGAUUUCUGCUGGUGUGUGGCAUGCCCUUUGCCAGUGCUGGAUGUUAUAAAGUUGGAGGUGGCUUCUUGAUGAUAUCGGGGGCCCUGUUUAGCCUGAUCCUCAGCCUAUUUGUACUAUGGAAGGAAUAUGCUGUUGACUUCCCAAAAUACAUAUCUAUAGAAAGGAGCAACAGGUGUGUCCCAGAGAACGUCUUCAUUGAUGUGCAGUAUGGAUGGUCAUUCAUGUUUGCUGCUUUUGGUACUCCCUUUGUGUUCAUGUCAGGGAUUAUGUUUCAUUUCAUUGGUCGGGAGCUUGAUGAAUUUCAUAAGUGAACAAAAUAAAAUGCCAAAAGACCAUAGUGAAAUUCUCUGGGCAUAUCACUGAUGGACACUUGAAUAAAGGUGAAGAAAAUCUCAGGUUUUGACCUUUGUCAAGUGCUCAGAGCAUUACUUAUUUACUGAUGAGUAAAUAUUGAUUACAUGUUAUUGCCAAAUGAAUGAAAUUUGAAGAGUGGUGCUAUAACAGUAAAAGAACACUUAAGAAAAGUCAUUUCAAAGGUGACUAGAAUGAGUUAAUUUGGUCUCAGUUUACAGAGACAAAAAGACUAGCUCUGGUUUCCUUCAUGCAUUUAUAAAUAGUCAGCAAGAGAGUGACUUCAAACUUUGGUACCAUGAUUUCAUUUUCAGUCUUUCCAAAGCUGAUCUAAUUCACAGUAAGGUGUUUCUUUUCUGCAAUUGGUCGAGUCCAUUUUUUUUUUAAAUAACUGAUUAACCAUAACUAACAUACCUGACCAGAAACUAUUAUUUCUCAAUUUAAAGCUCAUGAAUCUGCCAGGAGACAUACAGAUCAUUUUUUGCCUCAUUUCCCUCAGCUGACAGACUUUAAACAGUGGACACUGAGUUAUACAUGCAUAUUUUAAUGGGCUGAACAGGAAACAGCUACAUCUGAAAGGAAAAGUGUUUUUAUAUCUUCAUGUCCCUUAUUUGUAUCCUUCCAACACAAAGAGAUCUGUACUUGAGCAGGAGAUUUAUAAAAAUAUUAAAAACUUAGAAUGCUCCAUUUGAAUAAAUGCAAUUAAAGAUCAUAGUUUCAAAAGGAAAAACAGUUCUAUCAUAGCAAGAGGAUGACUUGCAUCCAGAGAAAGUUAGUUCUAGCCUGGAGGAUAGGAAAGUAUGAAUCUAUUUCUGUGAAUAAUUUUGUUCACCUUUGUUAAAAAGUCAACUGUGUUAAACUGUAGUAAUGAGGAAAAAUAGUUAACAUAUUCAUUAAUUGGAUCCUGUUUUCACCUGUAUUGUUAACUCAAAAUACUUCACAAUUUAAACCACAUCCACGUGCUCUUUAACCAUUGCUAUUUAUCAUUUAAAAAAAUCUGAACAGAGUUAAUGAAAAACCUGGAGAUAAUUUAAGGGGACAUCCAUGGGGGCAAAAUUCUCCUAGAUUAAUUAUUAAUUUGUACCAAAAUCUAAAAUAAAAAUAUAGACUCACACAUUGAAAUCAUUAAUAGGGUAAAAGCCAGCCUAUAGGUCUUUUUGAGGAUUCUUACGGGCUCUGGUCAGGCUGUGAACUUCAUAAGGGGAACUACUUGAGUGGUCACUAUUAAUGAAAAUGUAUCACUGAUAUGUUUUAAUUUCCUAAGGUUUGAGCGCAUUUGUAGUGACCCGGACUCAGUCAAUAUUCUGAGAUAGUUCUAAUACUUAUGCUACCAGAAUAAAAGCUCCAGUAACUGCUAAUUUUCCUUCCAUGCUGUGGUUACUGGUACGUAUUCAAUCAUUAUUACGUAAGAUUUACAUGAAUUUUAUUUAGUAUGAUCCAAAUUACUAUGGAUAAUACUUUAGAAUUGUCCAAUUAUCUGUACCAAAUGAUACCUUUUGUUUAUUUUAUUGGAUUUGUACACUUUAAAAUUUUACUAAUAAAAUGCAUGUUAAACUAUGAACACUUGGUGUAUCAGUUGGUAUAUUUGUUGCACAUAUAUGAUCUCUUUCACAGGUAAGGCAGAAAUUCUGAAAGGGAGUAAAAAGUGUAACAUGUCUUCAAAGUGAAUGGAUCUUAAAGAUCAUCUAGUCAUGACCCCUCAGUAUUACACAUGAAAAAAACUGAGGCCCUGAGAGAUGAAGUGUCUUGCGUAGACAUGUAUAUAUGACUAUCAGACCUGGAAACUCAAAUUUGUUUUGUUCCAGUCUCAGCCUAUCAAUAAGCAAUCUCGUGGUUUGACUGGCCCUUGUGGCUCUUAUGAUGAUUGCAAGACACACUGCAACAGUAGCUAUCAGGAAACUUUGAAAAAGUAAGGGUUUAUUAUUUACAAGACCUGGAAAUUGCACAGUACACCUGGGGCCACACAGUGAGUUCGCAGGUAUAUGUAUAUAUAGAGAGAGGGUGCAUAAGCCUGAAGUUCUCCUUUUAUUGAAAUUGAGGGUAGGGGCCUAGGGUUUUGCAGGCUCACUCUUUAUUGCUGAAUUUAAAACAUAAGAGUGGGAAUUUAAAGCAU